AUGAAUACACUACUUUAUAAUUUCGUCUACGACUUCACUGUUCUUUUUGUAACGAUUUUAAUUGGUGUUCUUAUUUACUACAAAUGGAAAUUUACAUACUGGGUUAAAGUUGGUUUACCAACUCUUGCACCUACUUUUCCUUUUGGCGAUACAAAAGGAGUAAUGCUCGGUCAUCAAACCUUCGGUGAGCAAUUUCUAGAAUUCUAUAAUAAAAUUAAAACAAAUGGAUUUAAACACGGCGGUGUGUAUUUCUGUCUCCAACAAUUUUACGUCCCUGUUGACCCAGAAAUUAUAAAACACAUCAUGCAAAAAGAUUUUCACCACUUCAUGAACCAUGGAAAUUACUUUGAUUCGGAAAAUGAUCCUCUAAGUGGUCAUUUAUUCAAUUUAGAAGACGCAAAAUGGAAAAAUAUGAGAGUUAAUCUAACACCAACUUUUACUUCCGGAAAAAUCAAAAUGAUGUUUCAAACAUUAGCCGAUUGUGCCUCUGGACUUAAACCCAUUGUGGAUAAAGCAGCAAAAAAUCAUACCUCAAUAGAUAUCAAAGAUAUUUUAGCUCGAUUCACCACCGACGUAAUCGGUUCUGUUGCAUUUGGACUCGAAUGUAACAGUCUCAAACAUCCAGAAGCUGAAUUCCGAAAAUUCGGAAAACGGAUAUUUGAAAUUGAUGUCAUCGACCGGAUAAAAAUCCUUCUUCAACUGAUCUUCCCCCGAAAUAUUUUACAGGCAAUGAAAAUGAAAACAACCAAACCGGAAGUGGAAGAAUUCUUCAUGAAAGCAAUACGCGACACUGUGAAUUACCGCGAAAAAAAUAACAUCUACAGAAAAGACUUCAUGCAUUUACUUAUCCAGCUCAAAAAUCGAGGAGUUGUGACAGACGAUGGCAACAUAACGAGCGAUCAAAGUAAAACUGAUAAAGCAUUAUCACUGAAUGAACUCGCUGCACAGGCGUUUGUGUUUUUCUUAGCAGGAUUUGAAACGUCAUCAACGACUAUGACGUUCGCUUUAUAUGAAAUCGCAAGUAAUCCUCAGAUACAAGAAAAACUAAGAGAAGAAAUUAUAACAACAUUGGCAAAAUAUAACGGCGAAUUGAGCUAUAACGCAAUUAUGGAACUAGGUUACAUGGAAAAAGUCAUACAUGAAACUUUGCGCAAAUAUCCACCUUUGCCACUACUAAUUCGACAAUGUACCAAAGACUAUACUAUACCAAACACAACAAUUAGAUUAAAAAAAGGCGAUAUGGUUGGUAUUGCAGCUCAAGCUCUACAUUAUGAUCCCGAAUAUCAUCCUGAUCCUGAAAAGUUUGAUCCUGAACGAUUCUCCGAAGAAAAUAAAAAUAAGCGACCUGAUUUUACAUGGAUACCUUUUGGAGAAGGUCCAAGAGUUUGCAUAGGCCUGCGAUUCGGAAUGAUUCAAAGUAAAGUAGGUCUGACAACUCUUCUCCGUAAUUAUAAAAUUACUCUGAAUAAAAAAACUAAAGUACCGUUGGAAAUGGAUAAAAAAGCUUUCGUUUCAUCGCCUGAAGGUGGUGUCUGGUUGGACGUCCAAACGUUAGAAUGAAUCAGUUUAAUUUAUGUUUUUGUUGUCAAAUAAACAGCUUAUCAUUGUU